AUGAUCUUCCGCCAGAUCACCACCCACCCUGUGAGGCUCUGGCUUCCCGAAGGGGUAUCGCCCGCUAGAGCCUCAAACCGUCGCGGAACAACAUCAGACAUCUUGGCAUCACAAGCAUUACAGAUGUCCAGCAUCACCGCCGAGGACGAGUUCGUCGUAGGUGCUGUUUUGCGUCUCUUUGGCCGUGAACAGGCCCGCUCUCUUCUCCCCCCUGUGUCUGCAGUGUCCGUUAUCAUGAUUACCAAGGCCCCCUAG